AUGACUGCCAACGAACGAUCACAAUUAUCUCAACAAGAAUGCCUUGCUGAGUUACUGUCUGUUUUCGGCAACGAAGCGCCACAUCAGUCGACAAUUUCCCGUUGGUAUGGAGAAUUCAAACGUGGACGGGUAAUCACCCAGGGAAACGUCGAUGCUGUGCGCAAACUCAUCAUUGAAGAUAGACAUGUGACAUAUCGCGAGAUUGAGGCGUCCUUGAAAACAUUAGUUUCUCGUUGGAUACCCCACCUGUUGACUGAAGAGCAGAAUGCAGCCAGGGUUAAUUGGUUCAUCUGUUCUCGAAGUGUUUCGAAAAAGAUGGUCGCGACAUUUGUGUCAAAAGCGGGUCAUAUUGCAACAAUUCCUCUUAAUGAGCAGAGCACUCUUCAAAAAAUGAACCCCGAAAGACGAAUCAUCCUCCACCAAGACAAUGCAAGCUCGCACACUGCCCAAAAAACAAGGCAGUAUUUAACGGAAGAAAACGUGGAAUUAUUGGACCAUCUUCCGUAUAGUCCCGAUCUAAGUCCUAACGCUUUCUUUACUUUCCCGAAAAUUAAAAACAGACUGCGUGGUCAAAAGUUCCAGUCACCAGAAGAAGCAGUUUACGCAUUCAGAAAUGCCGUUUUGGAUGUUCCAGCAAACGAGUGGAAUAAGUGCUUCGAAAAUUGGUUCCUUCGCAUGCAGAUGUGUAUUAAUCUUCGUGGAGAAUACUUCGAAAAACAAUAAAGUCAAUUAAAACUACCUACCGUGUAGUUUUAUUUCCAUAUGCAAAACUUAAAAGACAUCCCUCGUAUUAGCAAAUUUCACCGAAAUAGUU